UUUGAUAUGAUAGGGGUUGUUAAGACCAUCCUUCCUGCUCCAAAGCCCAAGCUUCUCCAUUGAAGCCAAAGUACUCUGUUACAAAACAGUUUGUUGAAUCGGAGUCAGCUCGACAUGAAGGUAAUUGUGACCGGCGCCUCCGGUUACUUAGGAGGAAGACUAUGCCACAAGCUACUGGAACGGGGCCACUCCGUUCGGGCCUUGGUCCGGCCCACCAGCGACCUCUCCUCCCUUCCUCCACCCUCCUCCGGUUCCCUUGAACUCGUUUACGGCGACGUCACUGACUACCACUCCCUCCUCUCCGCCUUCUCCGGCUGCCACGUCGUUUUCCACGCCGCCGCCUUAGUCGAGCCCUGGCUUCCCGAUCCCUCCGACUUCUUCUCCGUCAACGUUGGGGGAUUGAAGAACGUGCUGAGAGCAAUCAGGGAGACGAAUACCGUAGAGAAACUCAUCUACACGUCGUCGUUUUUCGCUCUCGGACCCACCGACGGCGACGUCGCCGACGAGACUCAGUUCCAUCACGAGAAAUUCUUCUGCACGGAGUACGAGAAAUCCAAAGCGGCCGCCGAUAAGAUCGCGUUACAAGCUGCGCAGCCAGAGGGUUUGCCGGUGCUGUUACUUUAUCCCGGAGUAAUUUACGGUCCCGGGAAACUCACCGCCGGCAAUGUGGUUGCUCGGAUGAUCAUCGAAAGGUUUAAUGGACGAUUGCCUGGGUAUAUAGGCGCCGGGACUGAUAGGUAUUCCUUUAGCCAUGUCGAUGAUGUGGUAGAUGGCCACAUUGGAGCUAUGAAUAAAGGGAGAAUUGGGGAGAGAUAUCUGCUUACUGGCGAAAACGCAUCGUUUAAGCAUGUGUUUGAUGUAGCUGCUGUACUGACUCAUACGCAGAGGCCUAAGUUUAACAUCCCAUUGUGGUUGAUUGAGGUCUAUGGAUGGGUGUCGAUUCUCGGCUCUCGGAUUACAGGGAAGCUUCCUCUGAUCAGCCCGCCGACUGUUUAUGUUCUAAGGCAUCAAUGGGCGUAUUCGUGUGAGAAGGCCAAGCAGGAGCUGGAUUAUAGUCCUAGAAGCUUGAAGGAAGGAUUAGAGGAGGUGCUGCCCUGGCUCAAGAAUUUGGGUUUGAUCAAAUACUAAUCACAAAGACUUUGAUGAGCAGUGCUGCUGCUUCUGUGUCUUGUAAAUCACUGUAUUUGUAUCAAUGUGCAAAUUUCCUUUAAUUCAUACUUGGAACAAAAAUAAUCAAUCUACCUUUGCUCUCGUA